AUUUUCUCCUUUCCCAUUCUCAUCAUCUAAUCACACACUCAAACUGAGACUCACUUCACCCAAAUCAAUUAUUGCUACAAAGAAAUUCACAACAAAAUUCCACACUCCACACUCAAUCCCUUUCACUCUACUCCUAACAACCAUUUUCAACCACUUUUAUUAUUUUUUUAAAUAAAUAAAUAAAAAUACUUAAAAAAUGAAACAAAACCAUACACAUCACACAUAACAUUUUUAUUAUUUAUUAUUAAUAAUAAUCACUCUCUCUAUUUUGCAACAAUGCAAAACUCACCCACCAUUAUAUCAAGUCCGCCACCACUUUCCUUCCUUCCUCCGCCGCGACCUGUUGGACAAGUUGUUGUACUUCCGGAACCAUCUCCACCGUUUAGACCAUUCGCCGGAGCUCCAAGCUCCGUAUUUCAAAUCACCGUCCUUCCAGCGCCGCCCCCGCCGCCGCUGUUUUCCGACGAAUCUAGCUCCGUUGAUUUAUCGCCUCUGGAGUUUCUCCUCGCUCUCAUAGCGAUCGUCACCAUUCCUNNNCUGAUCUAUACUUUCAUCUUCGCCUUCGGAUGCUCAUCUUCUCGUCGCCGGCGAUCUUCCUCCGACGAAGUCUCCGGCGAGCCGUCGGAAGUAUCACGUCAUGACGUGGAAAGCGUUCCUGCCGUAGAAGUUGCCGGAGUGAAGUACCAGAAGGAGACUCACGCGAGAGAAAUCGGCGGCGAGUGUCCGGUGUGUUUGUCGGUGUUCGCCGACGGAGAGGAGAUUCGGCAGCUUAGCGUUUGCAAGCACUCGUUUCAUGUUUCUUGCAUUGAUUUGUGGCUCAGCAACCACUCCAAUUGUCCGAUUUGCCGCGCCACCAUUGCCGCCGCCGUUAAACGUUCCGAUUCUAACAGAGAGGGUGAUCUGCAGCAGGGUCACCGUGACGCCUCUUCUAUGGUUUGAUUUUAUUUUAUUUUUUAAUUUUUGUUAUCAUAAAUGUGAGUUUUUUUUUAUUACUAUUUUUGGUAAAAAAAUCCAAAUACGUGAUACUAGUAUGUAAAGCAAUAUUCAGGAUAAGUUAUUUUGAAAAAUAAAAUUUUAGAUUAGAAAUUACAAGAAAAUCGUUUCUUUCUAGUAAAAUAAAAAAGAGACAAUCAUUUUGCCAAACGAAUUAUUACCAAUUUCUUUUGAACAUUAUAAGUUAGUUAUAAAUAGUUAUAAUCAUAUCCAAGCUAACAAACUUUUAACUAAUUUGUAGAUUAAUAUUAAUCACUGAUAAUUGUUUUAACUCCUAACAAUAUGUAACACAUCUCAACUAAGUCGUUUCACUCACAAAGUUCAAACCCAAACCUUGCUUAAAGGAUGCGAACCCAAUUCAUUCAAAUUAAUAAUGUUAGUGAUUGCUUAUAUUUUAGUCAUUAGAUUAAUCUAACAAUUUAACAAUUGAUUGAAUUAUUUUAGAAUUCAUUACCAUAAAGAAGAUAAUUAUGUUAGAAUUACUAAAGUGUCAAAUGUCGGCAUUUGAGUGAUUGAUUGUAGAAGAUCUAUUUUGCAGUUUAUUGAUUUAAUUAUGAUGUUACUAUUGUGUGAUUAAUAGAAGGGAUUUUCGGGUGGAAUGGGAGCACAGAGAGGUAGCAUAGCUAGCAAUUGGUAGUUUUUUAUUUGUUUUAUUUUAUGAAAAGAUUUGGUAAAUUGGUAUCCUACAUCAGUAUGAUUGAGGCAUUGAGCACUUGAAAGUUGAACUGUAAUGUAAUGCUAUGCUAUUGUGUAUUUAUGGCUCUUUUACAACUUUA